AUGCUGGAAUACUUCACCUACAAAAAGGUCAAGAAGCAUAGAGCCGAGCAGGCUGCCAAAGACGAAGCCAGACGGGAGGCGGAAGAUGGCAGACGAACAGACGCCAGCGCCCUCAAGAGCGGCCACAACAAGACUCGCGCACAUGGCCAUGACCACGACGCCCAAGAGACAGUCAUUCGACCCGACGACGAGAGCUUUCUCGAGGAGCUGCUCGCCAACGAUGACAUCCCCGCGCCGCCCCUGCCGCCGCGCCUAUACUCGCGAGACCUAGACUGGCCCUCCGACUCGGACGAUGCCACGCCGUCCGCAAGCCAACAAGCACCGCCGUCCGACAAGCCGGCCGACAGUGACGAGCUCCAUGACAAGAGCAAGAAGCGCUGGAAGCCGGAUCGCAUCUCAGCGCUCUUCACGCGCUCCAAGCCCAAAGGAGACGCCCUCGAGCCCCUGCCCAUCACCUCGGCCGCCGAGCAAGAAAAAGAGAAGACGGACCUCUCCAAGGUCCUCGACCGACUCAACCUCUCGGUCAAGAAUAACAAAAUCGUGUCGACCGACUCCUCGGCCGCUCUACAGUCCUUCACCAACGUCUUCAAAGACCUCGUCAAUGGCGUGCCCACCGCCUACGACGACCUGAUGAAGAUUGUCGAGGACAAGGACGGCUCGCUAGCAAAGGGCUUCGACAAGCUCCCCAACUCGUUCAAAAAGCUCGUCACCCAGCUCCCGGACAAGAUCACCUCCUCGCUGGGGCCGGAGCUGCUGGCCGCCGCCGCCGCGAGCCAGGGCAUCAAGGCCGACGGCAGCGCUGGACUCAAGGGCGCCGCCAAGAGCAUGUUUGUGCCCGCUAACCUGUCGCAGCUCGUCACCAAGCCCGGCGCUGUCGUCGGCAUGCUGAGGGCCAUUGUCAGCGUCCUCAGGACGAGGUGGCCCGCCUUUAUCGGCAUGAACGUCAUGUGGGGGGUUGCGUUAUCCCUUCUCCUCUUUGUGCUCUGGUACUGCCACAAGCGCGGCCGCGAGGUCCGCCUGGAAGGUGAGCGCGUCGCCGACGGGAGCGCCCGCAUAGAAGAGUUGGCUGAUGAUCCUGCGCUGCCGGCUCCCGAGGCGCCGGGGCCGGGGUCUACGCCCCGAGAUGGACACGACGUGGUUGACGCUCGUGGAGGGGAAACCAUUCCAUGA